AUGCACUUCCAGUCGUGCGUAUCCGCAACUUCCGUCCAUGAACUUCUCUUCGCCGACCACAGCACUCUCCACGUCACCUCGAAAGAAUACAUGCAAAGGAGUAUGGAUCCCUUCGCUGCCGCCUACGGCAGCUUUGGUCUGGUCAUUAACGCGGAGGAGACGGUGCUUAUUCAUCAACGGUCACCCGACGCUGCCUACGUUUCACCCCAAAUCAACGCGAACGGCGGCCAACUGAAAGUCGUAGAUAACUUCACCUACCUAGGCAGCACCCUCUAUCGCAACACCGAGAUCGACGAUGACUUGGCCCGCCGGAUUUUCACAGCCAGCCAAACCUUCGGCCGUCUUCGAAGCAGUUUGGAAUCGAUACGAUCAUCACAUCAGCACCAAACUGAAAAUCUGCAAAUUGGUCAUCCUGCCGACGCUUCUGUGUGGCGCGGAGACUUGGACGGCAUUUGA